AAGGAGAAAGGAUGAGGUGACUUUUUGGACGGGGUGGGGAGACGUCUGGGCAGCCAGGGACCUGCCCAUUCACUCCUCUUUCCCAGCCCCGGGAGGGCGCAGCGCCCGGGUGGGGAGCCCGCGCCAGCCCAGGCCGGCUCUGGCCUCCUGACCCAGACAGCGCAGGGCGCUAGGGAUCGCUCGGCCGAGCCCGGGUCGCGCCGCCCUCAGCCUCGGGGCCUCCAGCCGAGAGUUCGAGGCCUCCCCGAUCCGGAUGUGAUGAAAAGGAGCAACAGAGGGAGAAGUGUUUCAGGAGUGUAGGAGUGUAGGAGUGGAAGGGGGGAAAGAGAGGCAGAGAGGGGGAAGGCCCCCUUGCAGGGGAGCCGGCUGGAGUGAGCUGGCUGGAAAGAGGGGGCGGAGUGCGCGGAGUCAGAGCCGCCACCGCUGCCGCAGUUGCCGCCACUGCGGCGUCUGGGCUGAGCCGGAGGGAGGCGGGAGGGACGCGCAGGGGCGGCCGCCGCCGUCGUCAGGCCACCGGGGCGAAAAUGCGGCCGCUGCCGGAGCCUCGCUAACUUUCCGAGGCGGAAGAGGAGGCGGCGGAGGAAGGGGCUUGGAGCGAUUGGGGGGGAUGCGGAGAAGCAGUCAGUUCCCUGCACCCAGCACCUCACAGCCCUUCCUCCGGGCGCCCUGCGGGGCGGCGAGCUAGGCGGCAGCGGCGCGGCGCGGGCUUGGCGGAGCGGCCCAUGUCCGGCGCGGGCGAAACCCUCGCUCCCGGGCCCGCGGGGCCGCAGCGCGCGGCCGAGGCGGGCGGCGGCCGGCUGGGCUCCACAGCCCAGGGAAAAUGUGAUAAAGACAAUACUGAGAAAGAUAUAACUCAAGCUACCAAUAGCCACUUCACACAUGGAGAGAUGCAAGACCAGUCCAUUUGGGGAAAUUCUUCAGAUGGUGAACUCAUCAGAACCCAACCUCAGCGCUUGCCUCAGCGUCAGACUUCAGCACAGGUGCCGAGUGAUGAGGAAAUAGGCAAGAUAAAGAAUGGCCACACAGGUCUGAGCAAUGGAAAUGGAAUUCACCAUGGGGCCAAACACGGAUCUGCAGAUAAUCGCAAACUUUCAGCACCUGUUUCUCAAAAAAUGCAUAGAAAAAUUCAGUCCAGCUUGUCUGUAAACAGUGAUAUCAGUAAGAAGAGCAAAGUAAAUGCUGUCUUUUCCCAAAAGACAGGCUCUUCACCUGAAGGAAAACUGCAUGAGACUAUGAGCAGAUGGCCGACACGAUCUGACUUACCAUUUUUAAACAUCACUUUGCCUUUUGUGCUGAGAGUGGACUACAGAUUGUUGCGUCCACUGUAUCCUGGCUUGCUUGUUCUGCGAAUUCCUGACCCUUUGCAAUAUUGUCCUGGGACAAGCGUCUUGUGGCAUCUGCACCUCAGAAGCCUGCUGCUGUUGCUGUGGAGACGAGAUGGGGGAUGACUGUAACUGCCCUUGUGAUAUGGACUGUGGCAUCAUGGAUGCCUGUUGUGAAUCAUCAGACUGCUUGGAAAUCUGUAUGGAAUGCUGUGGAAUUUGUUUUCCUUCAUAAAUAUUUAUCUUUUGUUUGUGUUAAAACUGGAGAGUGUUUAAAAAUUUACUUUUGGGGGGAAGAAAAGCACAUUGUAAGAUUCUCAUGAAACAACAUGGAAUUUGCACUGUUAACUCAUUAUUGUAAGUAAUCUCUGAAAGCCUUUUUACUUUAACUAAAUCUUCAUGGUUUAAUAUGUGAAAUUUUAACUACUUUAACUAGUUUGAUAAACUUCUUAAUAUGUUACAAUAACUUUGGGACAUUUUGACACCCCCUCCCCAAAUGUUAAAUGUGUUCUCCUUUUUACUGAUAUUUCUGUUUCUUCUAACCAUUCUCAGGAGCCCUUUGCUCCAAAUAUAUUAUUUUUCAGUGAGUAUUUAAACCUGGCAGUUUAUUUUGAUGUGUAUCUAUUCGUGAUUAAAUGAAAGCAGUCUUGGCCAGGCACAGUGGCUCACGCCUGUAAUCCUGGCACUUUGGGAGGCCGAGGUGGGCAGACUGCCUGAGCUCAGAGUUCGAGACUAGCGAGGACAACAUGGUGAAACCCCGUCUCUACUAAAAUACAAAAAAUUAGCUGGGUGUGGUGGCGGGUGCCUGUAGUCCCAGCUACUUGGGAGGCUGAGGCAGGAGAAUUGCUUGAACCAAGAGUCGAAGGUUGCAGUGAGCUGAGAUUGUGCCACUGUACUCCAGCCUGGGUGACAAAGCAAGACUCCAUCUCUAAAUAAAUAAAUAAAUAUGUAAAUAAAUAAACCAGUCUUUAUUUUAAAAGAAACUUUAGGAAACAAACUCACAUAGUAGUUGGGAACCAGUGCUGAUCUCUCUCCCUUACCUUCUCCGCUUGUUUAACAGAUGCUGAAUGCCUACUGUGUAGACUUUCUUCCUCAGACUGUGGGAAUAGAUACAGUUCCACUCCUGUCCACAGGAACAUGAGAUUUAGCAGACUAAGGAGGUCUGUAAAGAAUGAACCAUACCACAAGGCAUACUGAAGUAAGGAUUAUAAGAGACAUAAACUCAAAAGGCUGUUGGAAUACGCAGAAAAUUGCUACCAGAAUAUUCAGGAAGGCUUCAGGGAGAAUGUGGCAUUUGAAGACUCUCUUAGAAUGAGUGAUUCAUCUGGCAUUUAAAUGAAUUAUUUAGAUUUUUGACAAAGUUUUAGGUGGACACCCUAAAUCGUGUGUGCCCUUAACCAGUUAAAAGAACAGUGCCUUCAGCAUCCUUUGUUAUUAGUUGCAGUAAUACAGCUUUUUAAAAAAGCUAUAAAGUUUAAAUUAACUAAAAAUAUGCAUUGUCUUACACAUAAUUUAAAUGUUAUCAUACUUUUUUGAUGAAAACAUAAUGCCUUAGUAAAAUAGCUCUAUUUAAUAAAGAAGAUGGAGUACUCUGACACAUUUCAUUUAAAUUGGGAAAUUUUUCAUAUUAAAAUCCCAGUGUUCUGAGUUAUUCAUAGGCUUUCUUUUACUUGAGAGCUUUAGGUGUUUUGGGGAUGAGAGCAUUUUAGUUGUUUGCUUUGGUUUGUUUCUUAAGCAUUGCUAUUUUUUGUAAACACAGAUAAAUGGAAACCAUUCUUUUCAAAGCAGAAGAAAUCUAGACAUCCACUACUGUGACCAAAUUUCUGUAUUACAAUUUUAUGUUAAAGUAAACUAAUAUGGCAGGUUAUAAUGAUCCUUAAGUGUAAAGAAAUCAGUCAAUUACAAGACUAAUUAUAUAGUUAUUGAGACGUAGAGACUGUGUGGCUUACAUAAAAGGGAGAGUAAAUUUUCAUACCAUGCACUCUCCUACUCAGUUUGAUCUCUCUAAAAUUGUAGUUUGGUUUGAUUUAAUAUACUUCUUUGUAGAAAUUUUGAAAGUAUGCUUUGGGAUUAAUAAUUAUUUUUAAUUUUUCUGGCUGAAUAUCACAUUGAUAGUAACAACAGAAGCAUAAUUUUAGGAAGCCUUUCGCAAACCUAGCCUUUUAAGAGAGGUUUUUAACCUGAAGCAUGAGAAAAUCACCUGUGGUUUUUCCUUUGAGAUGAAACCUAGUUUCUAGUUGUAUCAUUACUUAAAGGGCUUAAAAAAGAAAAAACUUAGCAAACUUUUGAAUCUUUCUUUUAUUGCUACUUAUACGUACAUACACACAUACAAAACCUUUAAAUUUGGAGAUCUGAAUAUAAUUCUGGUAAAUAACUGUCUUCAUUUUUCUCCUCUAAAGAACUUAAUUCAUUUGUUACAUAAAAUAUAAGGAAAUCUUUGCACUAUUUUACAGUAACCACAAUCUAAAUAUUUACAUAUACCCAAAAUUAACUUAUGCUCAUAUAUUAGGAUGUGAGAAUAUCAUCUGUUUAUGGACACAUGAAACCUCCUAAUGACCUGGAAUUGUUAGAAUAUUUGGCUUUUUAUAUGCAGUUUUUCAACCAAGUGAUUAGUCUAGUAUUUAAACAUAUACUGCCACAAUUUGUAAUGAAAAUAUUAACACAUUUGAAAUAAUGUUUCUCCAUAACAGAGAAUGUUAAUGGAUACCAGAAUUUUAUUUUUGUAUUUAUGUUCAUAGUACAUUUCCUCUUGUCUACUCCAGACAGUCAUUCCAUAAAGUAUCUUGUAUAAUUAAAAGGAAUAAGAAAAAGGAAAAGUAGGCAAAUGUGAAAAUAGUUUCAAUAUAUCUUAUGAUUUCUUAAUGUAAAAUGUUUUGUUGAACUGUAUGGCUAUCAUGACUAAGUGCUAGAAUUUAUAGUUAUAGGCAGUGUCCUUUUAAAUGUGGAAAGGCUUUUAAAAUGUUUUAAAACUGGACUUGUAUUAUCCUGAAUACACUAUUUUGAAAAUUUUUUUAAAAUGAGUUCUUUAUUUUGCUUUACCAUAUGUUUAUAUCUAAUUGACAUAUUGACUAAUAUUUGAAAUAAUUCAACCAUAAGUUAAAACCUGUAGGUUGUCUUUAUCCUGUUUCAUCCCUGUCUGAAGAUUUCCGAGUCUUCUUAUGUAAAUCACAUGACUCAUGUCCAUAAAUGAACUACGAAAAAUAUCGAUCAGUUUAUGGUAUAAAUGAUCAUUGAUAUGUGAUUUCAAAACAUAGUGUUCUUUUAAAAAUUUAUAAUAUGUCAAAAUACAAGUUUUUUUACAUCGUUUUAGUAAAUUAAUUUCAUUUAUUUACUUUGGAACUAUAUUUCUACUUAGAAAAACUAAGGUAAUUUUACAAUAUGUGCCGAGAUUAAAAACCAACGUAAAAAUGCUCGAACAUCUAUGAAAUUGAGUCUUAGAUUUAAUGAAUUUCACUCAAAAAUAAAUCAUCAGAAGAAUU